UUCCAAAUAAUUAUACUAGGCUAAUGACGUUAGCAAAAAGGCAACAAAAAUUUUGUUUACGUAUACAGAGUGUGGUUUAUGUGCGAAAAAUGCAUGUAAUGCCGUACGAAUACAGUGAUCAUUGUCACGCAUGCUCGAACGCGUUUUAAAUGUCAAAACCGUGCGAAUUUAUCCACAUUUAUUCACAUCGAGAAUCGCCGAGAUUUUCCCGACGAUAUAUAGAGUUCGCGUAAGUUAUGUCCUUAUUGCGUGCCUCGCACGACUAUCAAAGUGCUAUGGCCAAACCGUGUUAUAAGCUGAGAACUUCUCUUUUCGGACACACAUCCGACGUAAGAGCUGUAGCAACAUUCGCCGACGGAACUAUAGUUUCUACUUCCCGGGAUGAAACUGCACGUAUUUGGAAAUCAUGCGGAAAUGGUAAAGAUUAUGAACAUACUGCAACUUUGAAAGGACACUCCAACUUUGUUACCUCUGUAUGUGUUAUAAAUCCUUCUGAGCAAUACCCUACAGGUUUCAUUGUUACUGGUAGUCAUGAUAAGACUAUACGCAUCUAUGUCUUAGAACAAACAGAGCCCAUAAACAUUAUAAAAAGUCACCAGGAUACAGUUUGUAAGUUAACAACUGGCACAAAGGAAGGGACAUUCUUAUCAAGUUCCUGGGACAUGAGUGCUAAAUUAUGGAAUCUGAGUGAUUUAAGUAAACCACAGUUGAACCUGUUGGGUCAUACAGCUGCUGUAUGGUGUGUAGCAGAUUUGUCAAGUGAAUCCAUUGUAACUGGAUCAGCAGAUAAGCUUGUUAUAAUAUGGACAAGUGAUGGUUCAGUACAGCACAAAUUAACUGGGCAUACAGAUUGUGUUCGUGAUAUAUCUACAAUAAGUAGCAAUGAAUUCUUUACUUGUGCCAAUGAUGCCACUGUCCGUCAUUGGAACGUGUCUCUUGGAACAUGCUUAGGAGUCUAUUGUGGACAUGAAAAUUAUAUCUAUAGCAUUUUAGCCUUAGAAAAUGGUACAAGUAUAUUUACUUGUGGUGAAGAUCGAACACUUAGGAUAUGGCAUAAUACUGAACUAAGUCAAACUAUUACUUUACCCACUCAGUCUGUGUGGUGUCUAGCUUUACUUCCCAGUGGUGACAUAGUUACUGGAAGUUCUGAUGGUGUUGUUAGAAUAUUUUCAUGUAAUUCCAAACAAUAUGCAGAUUCAGAGGCACUGCAGGAGUUUGAACAGCAAGUAGCCAGUGUUAAGCUUAAUGCUCAACAAGAGCUAGGUGGGAUCAAAAUUAAGGAUUUACCAGAUGCAAAAGCCUUGUUGCAGCCUGGCCAGAGAGAUGGUCAGACUAAAAUUGUGAAUGAUGGUGAUGCUAUAAGAGCAUACAGCUGGUCACAAAGUGAACAGAAGUGGAUAAAAAUUGGAAAUGUUAUGGGAGCAUCAGGUGGUAGCAUAGUUACAUCUGGAAAACAACUAUAUAACGGCAUAGAGUAUGAUUAUGUGUUCUCUGUGGACAUACAAGAUGGUGUUCCUCCAUUAAAAUUACCCUAUAAUAAUGAUCAAGAUCCUUGGCAUGUUGCACAGAAGUUCCUUCACGAUAAUGGUCUUAGUCAAUUGUUUCUAGAUCAGGUUGCAAAUUUUAUAAUAAAAAAUUCUCAAUCUGCACCAGUUCUGAAAACUGAUGCUCAAUAUGCUGAUCCUUUCACAGGAGGCAGUAGAUACAUUCCUCAGUCAACAGCAAAUACAACUCUGCAAGAAUCUACAAGACCAGUUGCAUCAAACUCCUCAGACACAUUGACACCUUCCUAUAUUCCACAUACAAAAUACUUGAAAUUGGAACAGGCAAAUCUUUCUCAAAUUUUAGAAAAGAUAAAGGAAUUAAAUGCUAAACAAAAUGAUAAUCUCAAAGUAUCAAGCGAUAAAUUAGAAUCCUUGAUGAAGCUUGCUGGAGAUCAAGCUUCCGAAGAAUUAAAAACUGAUGCUCUAAGUACUUUGAAAAUACUUUUAAAUUGGCCAGAUGAUGUACUGUUUCCUGUACUUGAUAUUACCAGACUUGCAGUACUUUGCAGAGAAGUGAAUGAUGUACUAUGUACAGAAGAGCUACUGCAGAUUGUAAAAAAACACAUCAAACCUGAUGCACUUCCUUCUAAUCAGAUGCUCACUUUUCGCUUACUCGCAAACAUGUUCAGUUAUGAAAGAGGUGAAAAACUAUGUUUUAGUUCCAAGGAUGAGAUAUUAAAGCUUCUAUCAGAACUAGAAUCCUUUACAAACAAAAAUAAUCAGGUAGCAAUUUCGACUUAUAUAUUAAAUUUAACUGUAGCUUUGAAUAAGUACAAUGACACACUAGGUAAAACACAAUGUCUAAAUGCAAUAUUCUCUGUGUUACCACGUUUAAAUGAAUCUGAAGCAGUAUUUAGAACCCUUGUUGCAUUGGGAACACUUUUGAGCACAACAUCAAAUUCAGACGAUCGAAAUAAUUUAAUAGAAGCGGUACGACAAUCGGAAGUUGCUUUGAAUAUUCUUCAAACGAUGUCAGAAACGACGAUUCCAACGAACAAGCUGGCAAAUUGUUCAAAACAGAUAAUCAGUUUAAUAAUUUAAAUAUAUAAAAUACAGGAAAGAAAAUUGAGAAAAACAAUUGCACGUGAAACUCCAAACUCAAACAAUUAAAUGUUGUAAUUAACAAACAUA